AUGAAACAGCUGUUAGGAGAGGAUGGAGAGCAAGAUGGAAGAAAGAUAAUACGCACGGAUGCGCAGUCAAAAGGAAUGAAAGGGGUUGCAGGUAGGGACCGAGGGGACGAUGCAAGGGAUCUGCUGGAACUUUUCAUAAUUGAUGAAAGAGAACGAGACAGACUCUCUCUGACAAAGGUGCGGGUGCGUUUCUUUCGCAACCAUCACUUGCAAAGAUCAGUGGAGCAAGAGAAACGAGACAAGGGCGACGCAAUUAACUUUUCACCGCGGCAUUGCACAGAGGACGAUGCCACUGAAGACAGUAUUCCGCCGUCUUUCCAAGUGAUCACUUUCGAAGGUGAAUUUAAUGUUCGUGUUAUGCUCAAGGGAAAGUUUCCCCUCUUCCUCUCCCAACCUUCCUCAUUCCAUCCCCCAUCUUCCUCAUUCCCUCUCCAUCUUCCUCUUCCACUCUCCAUCUUCCUCAUUCACUCCCCCAUCUUCCUCUUCCACGCCCCAUCUUCCUCAUUCACUGUCCAUCUUCCUCAUUCACUCCCUAUCUUCCUCAUUCACUGUCCAUCUUCCUCAUUCACUGUCCAUCUUCUCAUUCACUCCCUAUCUUCCUCAUUCACUCCCUAUCUUCCUCAUUCACUGUCCAUCUUCCUCAUUCACACUCCCUAUCUUCCUCAUUCACUGUCCAUCUUCCAUUCAUUCUCCCUAUCUUCCUCAUUCACUGUCCAUCUUCCUCAUUCACUGUCCAUCUUCCUCAUUCACUCCCUAUCUUCCUCAUUCACUCCCUAUCUUCCUCAUUCACUGUCCAUCUUCCUCAUUCACUCCCUAUCUUCCUCAUUCACUGUCCAUCUUCCUCAUUCACUCCCUAUCUUCCUCAUUCACUGUCCAUCUUCCUCAUUCACUGUCCAUCUUCCUCAUUCACUCCCUAUCUUCCUCAUUCACUCCCUAUCUUCCUCAUUCACUGUCCAUCUUUCCUCAUUCACUCCCUAUCUUCCUCAUUCACUCCCUAUCUUCCUCAUUCACUCCCUAUCUUCCUCAUUCACUGUCCAUCUUCCUCAUUCACCUCCCUAUCUUCCUCAUUCACUCUCCAUCUUCCUCAUUCACUCCCUAUCUUCCUCAUUCACUCCCUAUCUCCUUCAUUCACUCUCCAUCUUCCUCAUUCACUCCCUAUCUUACUCAUUCACUGUCCAUCUUCCUCAUUCACUCCCUAUCUUCCUCAUUCACUCUCCAUCUUCCUCAUUCACUCCCUAUCUUCCUCAUUCACUCUCCAUCUUCCUCAUUCACUCCCUAUCUUCCUCAUUCACUCUCCAUCUUCCUCAUUCACUCCCUAUCUUCCUCAUUCACUGUCCAUCUUCCUCAUUCACUCCCUAUCUUCCUCAUUCACUGUCCAUCUUCCUCAUUCACUCCCUAUCUUCCUCAUUCACUGUCCAUCUUCCUCAUUCACUCCCUAUCUUCCUCAUUCACUCUCCAUCUUCCUCAUUCACUCCCUAUCUUCCUCAUUCACUCCCUAUCUUCCUCAUUCACUGUCCAUCUUCCUCAUUCACUCCCUAUCUUCCUCAUUCACUGUCCAUCUUCCUCAUUCACUCCCUAUCUUCCUCAUUCACUGUCCAUCUUCCUCAUUCACUGUCCAUCUUCCUCAUUCACUCCCUAUCUUCCUCAUUCACUGUCCAUCUUCCUCAUUCACUCCCUAUCUCCUCAUUCACUGUCCAUCUUCCUCAUUCACUGUCCAUCUUCCUCAUUCACUCCCUAUCUUCCUCAUUCACUGUCCAUCUUCCUCAUUCACUCCCUAUCUUCCUCAUUCACUCUCCAUCUCUCAUUCACUCUCCAUCUUCCUCAUUCACCUCCCUAUCUUCCUCAUUCACUCCCUAUCUUACUCAUUCAUGUCCAUCUUCCUCAUUCACUCCCUAUCUUCCUCAUUCACUGUCCAUCUUCCUCAUUCACUGUCCAUCUUCCUCAUUCACUGUCCAUCUUCCUCAUUCACUCCCUGUCUUCCUCAUUCACUCCCUAUCUUCCUCAUUCACUGUCCAUCUUCCUCAUUCACUCCCUAUCUUCCUCAUUCACUCCCUAUCUUCCUCAUUCACUCCCUAUCUUCCUCAUUCACUGUCCAUCUUCCUCAUUCACUCCUAUCUUCCUCAUUCACUCUCCAUCUUCCUCAUUCACUCCCUAUCUUCCUCAUUCAUCCCUAUCUUCCUCAUUCACUCUCCAUCUUCCUCAUUCACUCCCUAUCUUCCUCAUUCACUGUCCAUCUUCCUCAUUCACUCCCUAUCUUCCUCAUUCACUGUCCAUCUUCCUCAUUCACUCCCUAUCUUCCUCAUUCACUGUCCAUCUUCCUCAUUCACUCCCUAUCUUCCUCAUGCACUCCCUAUCUUCCUCAUUCACUCCCUAUCUUCCUCAUUCACUGUCCAUCUUCCUUCAUUCACUCCCUAUCUUCUCAUUCACUGUCCAUCUUCCUCGUUCACUCCCUAUCUUCCUCAUUCACUGUCCAUCUUCCUCAUUCACUCCCUAUCUUCCUCAUUCACUCUCCAUCUUCCUCAUUCACUCCCUAUCUUCCUCAUUCACUCCCUAUCUUCCUCAUUCACUGUCCAUCUUCCUCAUUCACUCCCUAUCUUCCUCAUUCACUGUCCAUCUUCCUCAUUCACUCCCUAUCUUCCUCAUUCACUGUCCAUCUUCCUCAUUCACUGUCCAUUCUUCCUCAUUCCAUCCCUAUCUUCCUCAUUCACUCCCUAUCUUCCUCAAUUCACUGUCCAUCUUCCUCAUUCACUCCCUAUCUUCCUCAUUCACUGUCCAUCUUCCUCAUUCACUCCCUAUCUUCCUCAUUCACUGUCCAUCUUCCUCAUUCACUGUCCAUCUCCUCAUUCCACUCCCUAUCUUCCUCAUUCACUGUCCAUCUUCCUCAUUCACUCCCUGUCUUCCUCAUUCACCUCCCUAUCUUCCUCAUUCACUGUCAUCUUCCUCAUUCACUUCCUAUCUUCUCAUUCACUGUCCAUCUUCCUCAUUCACUCCCUAUCUUCCUCAUUCACUGUCCUCUUCCUCAUUCACUGUCCCAUCUUCCUCAUUCACUCCCUGUCUUCCUCAUUCAACUUCCCGAUCUUCCUCAUUCACUGUCCAUCUUCCUCAUUCCCGCCCUAUCUUCCUGCAUUCACUCCCUAUAUUCCUUCCUCAAUUCACUUCCCUAUCUUCCUCAUUCACUGUCCAUCUUCCUCAUUCACUCCACCCUAUAUUCCUCAUUCACUGUUUCCAUCUUCCCUCAUUCACUCCCUAUUCUUCCGCAUUCACUCCCUCCCUUUCUUCCUCAUUCAGUGUCUGGUCCAUCUUCCUCAUUCACUCCCUAUCUUCCUCAUUCACUGUCCAUCUUCCUCAUUCACUCCCCCUUCUUUCCCAUUCAAUCCCCCAUCUCCCUCACAUACUCCCCAUCUUCCUCUUCCACUCCCCAUCUUCCACCAUUCCCUCCCCAUCUUCCUCUUCCACUCCCUAUCUUCCCCAUUCAAUCCCCCAUCUUCCUCUUCCACGCCCCAACUUCCUAAUUCACUCCCCCAUUCCUCAUUGACUCCCUAA